AAGAUAGUAUAGAAAUUGAAUUGUGUCAAGUAUCUCGUAACAUCCCCAAAUGAAAGAGUAUCACAUAAGUUGGGACGGAGGGAUUAAUUUGUUUCAUGCAAUUUCAGUUUUCAGCUUCAUAUGUUUGAUCUUUUCUUUCUUUGUAAACUUAGCUGGAAAAUAUGUGUUUUUGCUUCUACAGAGUUAAAUUCAUGUGAUCAAUAAGCUUUUGAUGAUAAAACAGGUGUAUCUUACCCUUUUCUGUGCCAUGUUGAGCUCUACUGUUGGAUCCUUCUUGCAUUUGAUCUGGGAAGCGGGAGGCUUCUUCACUGUCAUAAUUUCAGCUGCAAGUAUACUAAGCCUUUACCUUACACCAGCAAUGAAAGUGAAGAAGAGGGUCUUAUACUUGAUGAUUGCUGCCUAUUCGUUAGGAGCUUCUGUUGGACUUCUUACCGAAUAUAACUUUGGAAUUGAUCAAGGCUUUGUUUUCAGCUUCUUGGGAGGUACAACAAUAGGCUUUGGAACUUUUUGGUUUGGAGCCAUGUUUACAAGACAAAGGAUCGAUCUCUACAUCGGUUGCCUGCUUCAUUCUUACGCCUUUAUGUACCUGUGGUUUGUCACUGCUUCUGACAUCUUUGGCGGCCACACAACCCGUUGGAUGAUAAAGGUACUCGCUGUGCUUGCAUUGUACAUGGGAUACUUUGUGAUAUAUAGCCAAGAGAUACUGUACAAUGCUCGCUAUGGAGAUGUUAACUUUGUCAACUGCACAUUCACCGUCUUCUUCCAUUUACCAGCUAUAGUGGUCCAUGCUGCUAGAGUAUAUCUGGUUGCAGAAAUUGAGCACUACAGACAGAACUAAAGCUUUGACGAUACAGUAAAGCUACCAUUUCGCCUUGGGAAAUAACUAUAGAAUAAAUAGUGAGUAGAAUGCACAGCUUAAAAGAUGUGAAAUUACAAAUGAUGUACAAAUAUUCCUCUAACUGUGACUACUACAUUUUACUGAU